AACGAAAAAGGGAGGGAGGGAGUGACAGACGAGCAGGCUCAGAGCCCGGUAGGACGGCUUUCAGCGCAGACCUCACGGCCGGGCAGGGCCGCCCCAGCUCCUUCACUUGGUCCUCCCCGCCAGCCCCAGGCCCCGCUCCCAUCCUCCGAUAAGCCCCUCCCCCAGAGCCCGCGAAGCCUAACCGUGGCCUCCUGGGCCCCACCCCCGUUCUCCCGUAGUCCCCGCCCCCAGGGCCGGCUAAACCUAGCCGAGGUCCCUUAGGGCCACGCCCCCAUCGCGAGGAAAAGCCCCGCCCUCUCCGGCCGGUGCCUCGCGAAGGGGAGGGGCCUUUCGUCUGCUAGUUGCCGGGAAAACGGAGCUUAGGAAGAAGCUGCGGCGCUGCUGUCCAGACGGGAGGAAGAAGCGUCCCCCGCCACUCGCCCCGGGACCUGAUUUCGCCAUGCCUUACGUGGUCCCCGGUGGAGCCUCACCCGAGAUGCCCAGAGAUGAUUCUCAACAGUCACAAGCGGAGGAUAGCAGUGUUCCUUCUAAUUACUCCAGUGAGAGCUUUGAGUCCUUCACAGAGAAGGAAGGAGAGGAGGAGAUGGUGGUGGGAGAAGAGGAAAAAUGUCACCCGACGCAGCGGAAACCCUGUGGCUCUUUGGUGGCUUCCGAUGACGACCAGACUGAGUCCAGUGCCUCCGGGAGCCAUUCUGUGAGCAAGUGGCUGAUGCCGAGCUCCAAGGAUGAAGAUGAGCCCUUGGACCCGUUGGACUCUGCCGCUCUACAGGAGAAACUGAGUCAGAGGUGGAUCCAGCAUCUCAAGGCCAAAGAAAGUGCCAACGGACAGCCCCGGGCGGGCCCCACAAGCCACGCAGAUGUCACGGAAGCACCUAAGAGUGAGCGGGAUGCCGUGCAGGCUUUUUGUGCCACGAAGAUCAACCUGCUCCGUCGUCAGCUGAACUCCCGGGAGGCGAACGGCAGCGGCCGUCAGAGGCAGCCGCAGGGAUUGGUCGCGGAGAAGCCAGUGACGGACGAGGUGAACGACUGUGUCGUUCCUCAUCGGCUGAUAAACAGAAUCUCUCAGCAGAACCUGAGGGCCGCACCCAGCCAGAAGGGAGGGACAGCAGCAGGUCUCUAUCCCUGGGUGAGACCCAAGCUGGGGCCUGAAGCCAUGGGAGUGCGAAUUGGAAGAGCAGGGAUGUUGGUGGUCUUCGAAGUCACCCAUGGGGGAGGAGAGGACGGGGAGGAGAAGAAGGAGGAGGAGCUGGAGGCAGCUGAGAUGGAGGGGCAAUAA